AUGCCUGCCUCUGCUGGUGUGUGGACUUGGAGUCAGCAGCCUGACUCUGAGUCAGGAGAGGAGAGGACCCUGGGUGUGUUGGGCUUGGUGGAGAUAGUGGCGGUGGCGGGGGUGGGGAUGGAGGAAGCCAAGUCAGGCCAUGCCGGUGAUGUGACGGCCUGGCCUGGCUUCCUCAUCAUCCCCACCACCGCCUCUACCUCCACCAAGACCAACACCCAGGGAGAAUCCUCCUCUCCUGACUCAGAGUUAGGGCCUGACUACUUCAUUGCCCUCAAAAAUUCUGUGGUGUGCAAACCUCCUUCAAAGAUGCAGAAAAGACUCAACACUCAACAGGCGCUGGACAUGAUCCUGAGUGAAGUCAACCCCUGCGACUCAGAUGGAGAGGAGAUCAACCUUCAGCUGGCUUCGGACCCUGAGUCGUCUGAGCUCUCUUCGGGUUUGUUUUUUUAA